CAUGCUGUGCUUUGGAGAAAAGGGAGGGAGAAGGCUUUGCUAGUUUUUGAGUAUUCAAGAUUUGUUUGAGAAGUGGGAUGCUUUGUGAUGGUAUGUAAGUGGCUGUGGGCUGUACUAAAUAAAUGCAGAUAAAAUGUUCUCUGUGUGUAGUGACCCUGUCCAUUCUAGGAUCAUGCCUAGUUAGGGUUCAACUUUAUUACUCCUAUCAUCAUCAAAGUAGCCACAAGAUAACUGGACUGCUUGAUGUCAUGUGUAUCAAAUAGUGGACCCUGCAAAUAGCAGGAUUUCAUCCCUUUUUCUGGCUCUAACUUUACUUCUUCAAGUUAAGGCACUUUAACGAUUUGCACAACCGAUGCUCCUGCCCAGAGUCUAGAUCCCCUGCAGUGGCUUGUUCCUGUGCUGGGGUGGAAAGCCAUCUCAAACAUAUGCUUCGUUUCCUCUUGUGAAAUGGGAAGAGGCGUUUUUUCUGGUGCUCCAUGCUCUCUUCUUCUGCAGCCUUUAGGUGCUCAGUGCUCUCUUCUGCAACCUUUAGGCACUCCAGACUGAUGAAAUAGCUAGUGUUUUUACAGAAAUCUUUUAAGGAUAGAAUUUGGUUGUCUUGGAGCAGACUAAUGGGAAGAGGCUCUUGACCGGUACCGUAAGCUCAGCAUAGGCUAGAACUCUUGAUGAUUUUCACACUAGGUUAACACUAGGUUUUAACACUAGACGAAACACAACUUUCUGCUGCUGAAUUUCAGGUUUCUAUCUAUCUCUCUAGCUGAUGUACAAUAUCAGAAAGCUUUUGAAAUCUGGGUGGGUAUUGAGAUAGAAACCAUUGUUUGUAGACCAGUGUGUUGAAAGUCGAGGCUAGUGUUACUGUGAUGAUAUUUAGACCUUCAACUUGUAGAUGGAGGGCUGCUCUCCUUUAGCAGCUCUUGAAAUUCAGUGCAGACCAUGUGUUAUUUUCAUCCAGUCAUGAUCACAUGUCUUGUCACUGCAAAACCAGAAGACUGACUUGUUGCCUCAGUGUUUUGUUACGUGUAGGGCUUUGGCUUGUGACUCGAAGCUACAUGCACACUCAGUGCAAAAAUGAGACUGAUUUGGGGAAAUUGGUUCAAAUGGUGCCUAUGCAUUUAGAAUCUCUAAGGUUGAGGGUAGCAAGCAUGCAGGCUAAGGUCCAAAUUCCCGAGAUUGUAAUUUUACCCCUCCUAGCCUUUGUACUCAGCAAACUUCUCGCCAAUCAGCAGCAAGAGUUCACCAAAGGCUAGUGUUGCCCUGGACGUCUUUCAACAUCUCUUCCCUGGGGAGUUAGUGUGAUCUGCAUCCCAGUAAGUGAAGUUUGUAAAAACGCCUGGUUCAGCACUGGUGCUGCCUCAUUGUUGGGCAUAUUCUCUGGCUUCUGUGCCUUAGUAAGGUGAGCUGGCUCUUCCAGUUGGCUAGGUCCUCUAUCCUGCUGUGUGAAUAAGAUGCAUGGUAGGAGCAUGGGGGAAGAUGAUCGGCACUCAAGUGAUUUAGCAGUGGCGUGUGCAUAAGAAGGAGGUUGAGCUCAUGUGUGUGAGUUGUCAUUAACUCCAUGAACUGGGCUGUGAGGAAAAACUCAUCCAGAUUGGUAAAUUCAGUGAAAAUGGCAGACUUACAGUGUUAGCACGCUCCCCUCAGUUGCAAGAACUGGGGAUGCUUUUCACUUUGUUCAGAAAAGUGCUGUGACAACUGAUGUUCUUCAAAUGCUUUUCAUCCACUCACCUGAUGCUGUUGCCCAAGUUUGGGCAAUCUUGCAACAUUCUUAUCAGCAACAUGCUACAUGUUACCUCAAUCUAUAUCCUGUUAAGUCCAGUGCCCUAUCAGCCCUAGUUUCCCAGUCUCAAGCCCUUUCUACCAAGAACAGGCCUUGAAAUUACAUAUGAAGUACUUGUUUUCAGUUUGUUGCAUCGCAUGUUGUCUAUGAGGAGGGUCCCUAAGCUGGUCUGUGCUACUGAUAGACAGAUAUGUCUGUGCUGCACAAUCACUAUUGCUGUGGCUAUGACCUUGCUUGCUUAUGGCCAGUUCUCUAAUGUUGAUCCCAGAAGUGCUCAUUGCCAGUGCUCUGCACAUGUUCUCACUUCACUCCUUCAUGUGUGUCCACCCCCAGGGAGAAAAAAUUGUUUGGUCUGUUGCUACUCCUCUGGUUCUUGCUCUGGAACAACAUUCAUCCCCUUUGCUAGAGAGGGGAAUGGCAGGACUAUGAAAGGGAAAGCAAUUUUUCUUCUGUCCUGAAGCAUUAGCUCUCCCUUACCAGCCAGGGCUGCUAACAGUUGCUAGCCUUUCUGCAGUAGGCAGCGUGUGUUUGAGCUGUGUACGUUCAUAUAUGGUCAUGCAUGUGACUGUCGUGUGUCUGUGAGUUCUUAUGCAGAAUGCACACAUACUUUCUACAUGUUACAUAUUUUAGCAAUGUGUAACUUUUAAGUACCUUGAAAUUAGAGCAGCUACUUUGUGCCUUCAGCUACUGCAGUGAGGGGGACAGGAAAACAGAUAGAUAGUACGUUCUCUUCCAGCAGGUGCUGGGUUUUCAAAAAGAAUGGAAAUAGUACUCCAUAUUCUGCAAUACUUACCUGAACCUAGGAUAGGAAUUUUCUCCCUCCUGGUUCUGGUGUUUGCCUAAAACAGGGAACAGUAGUAGUGGGACCGAUCUGUGCCUCGGCACCUUUCAAGUUGGGCAGAGGGAAGUAACUGAAAAAGUAAAAAGCAAUCUUCUGCUGCCUCUUCUACUUCUUUGAAAGAUAUUGAGGAAAAUACAUUUUCAAGUUGAACGUUUAACCAUACUAAAGAAAUUGCCACAUACUUUCGUCUAAUCUUGAAUGGUGUUGGGAAAUGCUGGGUGUAGCUUUGAUCCCUUUCCUAAGUGCACAGACCAGUCAUCUAUGCAUGGGUGGUGAGUCGAGAGGUUCUAGUUUCAGCCUGAACCAACUGUCUUAGAUAUGGGUGGCUGGAGAUUGUUGUCAUUUAUUUUUCUUAUUGGCAUGAAGACUCUAUACCCACCAAAAGAUUUUAAAUGAAAAAAGCCCCACACUUUACUGUUAAUAUCCAUGCUUCACAUUGUUCUUUUUUCCUGUUUUCCCCAUUUUCCUCUCCAGUAAUGGUAGGCUCUGUGAGCUACAAGCCAUGUGACUUCAUGACGUGUGUAUAUAUCUAUACAGGAGAUGCCUGGUGACUCUGCUCAGACUGCUCUGAACUUCCCUUCUCAGAACUGCCUGUUGUUCUGGAGAGGUUAUCUGCCACCAUGAUGCCUGGGGGCUUAUCUGACACCCGGCCUGCUACCCCAGAGGUCCAGCAUAUUGUUCACCAGGUGAAGCCACAAUUUGAAAGCAGGGUAAAUGAAACAUAUGGCAUCUUUCAAGCCAUAGUAUAUAGGACUCAGGUGGUUGCUGGAAUAAACUACUUCAUUAAGGUCCAGGUUUCUGAUUCCAUGUAUGUCCAUCUGAGGGUGUUUGAGAGCCUUCCUCAUAAGAACCAGGGUCCCAGCCUUGUCAGUUAUCAGACUGGCAAAACCAGAGAUGAUCCUCUGACCUACUUCUGAGAAACAGUGGGGCAUAGUUCUUCACUUCUGCAAGUCACGUGAGGAUUUGGCCUCUGUCAGUAAAUGCAUGCAAAUAAAGAGUUUGAAAGCUGUCUGUUCCUGUA